AUGGAUGCUUCUGAACGCAGGCUUAGGCCUCUGUAUUCAGAACCAAAUUCUGUAUCCUCUUUAUAUUAUGUUGGCUGGAUCAUGCUUCAUGUAUGUAGAGAACAACAAUCGAAUCAAAUUCAACAGAACGUCCUUCAAGUCGAAAGCUACUGCCAGCCUACCUUCAAACAUUACUUCGCUCGGUGUGCUGCCCCCAACGGUGAAUACAGGCUAUGUAGCAGAUACACAACCAUGUACCACAUUGCCUAUCGGAGGAGGUACGUCCCCCCUUCACCGCCCGCUGAUCGGUAUGAAUGUUGCCCUGGAUGGAGACAAGCUCAUAAAUACGCAAAAGGCUGCACGGAAGCAAUCUGUACACAAGAAUGUCAGAAUGGCGGAAGAUGUUUGAGGCCGAAUACCUGCGCCUGUCCGGCGGGCUGGACCGGUCAAUAUUGUGAAAUUGAUAUAAAUGAGUGUGAAGGCACGUCGCAUGGCUGUCAACAAAGGUGCGAAAAUAAAGAGGGAAGCUUUGCAUGUAAAUGCCAGACCGGGUUCACGUUAGCGGAAGACGGAAAAUCUUGCGCAGUUUGCUUAACAUGUACACCGGAAUACGACUUUCUACUAGCAAGAGUUAAUUUAUUAGAAAGGGAUGUCGCUCAACUACGGCAUAAUCAGUCCGCCCAUGCUGCCGCCCAUGCUGCUGCCAGUCAGCCGGUCCCCAAGCAACCUCUAGCUAUCAGCGCCCUCCCUCUACCAAAUGAUCAGUAUAUAGCACAGAUGCAACGAGUGGAAUCGCUUAGUGAACAAAUAUCCAUGCUCGAAGAGAGACUAGCAGAUUGUUCAUGUCGAAGACGUAACAACAAAGGCCGGAGAUAAGCAAGGAUAAAUUAUGGCGCUUCAUUUGCUGCUUUGAACAUUCUGCAAAAUAUUAGUCAGAAACUUUAAAGAAUAACAACCUUAUGCAGACCUUAUGAAAAUUGAUCCGCAAUCAACGAUCACCUUCUUGAAGUGUGGACUUCCAGCGACAGUUCUGCGCAUUCUGAUCUUCACCAUCUUUUAUCCAGGUCUGGGACCCAUGCGAGGGCUCUCUGUCUCUUAUAUCACGUGAUUGUAUGAGAUGAAAUGCGUAAACUGUGACCAGUGGUUGUUUUGAGUUUUUGAGAACCGAUGAGCUUUCUUGGAAGGAAUAAUUGUUUAAACGCUUUCGGCAUCAUGACAUUGUGAUAUGAAAUUUGGAUCAAAACGCUGUAGGGUUUUCUCUAUGCAUCCAAAAUUGAGGGGAUAGGUUUUUUUUUAUGAGACGUCAGAAAUUAGUGGUGUUUAAUUAACAUUAAGGUACUUGUGUCGUACAAUCUGUGAUAGAUGAAAACAUUAUUCAUUUGUAUAGAUGUAACUCUAUUCAUAACCGUCAUUCAUUAUGUGUAUAUUCCUAAAUAUGAAAGACGGCUAUGCAUUUAGUUUUUUUUAAUCACCAUGCAUUUCUAAAAGCAUGACAAAUGUCAUUCACAGGCGCAGCAUUCGUGUCAUAUAUCCUAUGAGGGUUGCUAAUCACAAUCUCCUUGCAGAGUUUAGUAAGGACCGCUAUUCAUAAUAUGUUAGGAAGGUUACAUGCCACGAGGUAGCGGCCCUAUUUAUUAUUCUCGUUGAGGAUAAGGUGUUUACUACUAUUCAUAAUGUGCUAUCAUAAUGAUAGAGGUUUGUCGUAAUAGAAAAAUAAUUCCUUUUUAUUUCCUCCAGAAAUACCACCCCUAUUUUUAUGUCACCCGUUUUGUAUCAUGAAUUGGGGCACGUCUGAUUACAGGCCCCGGAAGAAUAUCAUGAUUACCGUAAUUCUCUUCGAAUUACGAAGAAUGACUUUUCUUUUAAUCAUGAAAAGUGCUUUGAAUGAUGAAUAGCUGUCCCAAAGAAUAGCUAAUCCCUCCCUUCAUUUAGUAAUUUAAUUGAAUAUUUGAUUUUUGUGAUGUAUUCUUUUUGUGCUAUAAAGGUUAAUGUAUGCUAAAAUUAUAAAUUCCUAUUUAUACUAGAUAAAUGCAAUGGCUUAGAAUAGAUUUUUGCUUAUUGUAACUUUGCGGGAUCGAUGGUAGAUUUAAUACUUUAGUCAUAGUCAGAUUUAUAAAUUUAUUCAAAUAAUAGACUCGAAACUAUCGUAUUAGAUAUUAUUAAAUAUAUUGUAGCAAUGAUAUAAUAAUGGGAUUAAAUGUGGCAUUUCCUGUAUACGAAAUAGUAUGAUUUUUACUAUAGUUUUGUGUGCACAAAAUUAAUAUUUUUGGGAAGAAAAUAUCGUUGUAACCUAAAAGUUAUUUCAGUAUUCAUUAUAUUUAAUAGAUUUUUCAGAAAAUAAAAUUUAACAAAGAUCCGAAUCGUAAUUUUCCGAAGGAUCUCUUUUCAGUUUAUUUGUAUUUUCUUUUGAAAGAGAUCCUUUUAUUAAAUAUUCAUUUCAGAUCAAGUGUCUUCUCGAAGGCUUUAUAUCAUACUAUAGCCACACCAUCUGGCUCGUCUAACAUUAGAAAUGGAAUGGAGUUUCUCGAAUGCCCGUCAUGACGAAGAACAAAAAAAAGAAGUAUUUUUCGAAAAUUGGUCAAUCAAAAUAGCAGUUCAGUCCUUGAUUCUGGUCAAACGACAUAUUUGCAAUUAUUCGUCAGCUCUGACAACUAGGACGAAACUGUUGUUCCGGUUCACCAAUUUUCGACAACUCUCGUCUGAAAAUGUCUAUGGACAUGGAAGAUAUUGUACGGCUGUAGACAAGAUUGAAUACGAAUCAAAAAGUAAAAAAAAUCUCACCGAUUUAUUUCAGAGACAGCAAUGUCUUGUAGUAUCAUGUGACAUUGCCUGUUCUAUUGACCCUUAUCUAUGUAAUCGUCCAUUUCUAAAGUGGAUUGAAUGUACGUCGUGUAAUAGUACACGUACAUUAUACAUUGACAGAAUUGGUUUUGUUGGCAUUAACGCGAUUAACGUCAAGAAAUACUGACGUUUUACAUUUGCCAUGCUUAUUAUUAUUAUCAUGAUUAUAAUAUUCUAUUGUUGAGUUAAAACAAAUGCGGUUGAAUGUGCUAUGUUAGCAAUGUGUAAAAUAUUUAUUGUUUGGCCGAAGCCUGUGUAAAUUGAAUCGUUCAAUAAUGGGUGCUGGGAUGGCGUUUAACCGAUUUAUGCAAAUAUACUUCAAACGCAUUUUUAUAUACUAA